GGCGCGGGCGGCUCGGCCCCGCCGCAGCCGUGCGCCCCCUCGCCGAGCCCUGCGCGCUCCCGCCCGUGCGCCCCCGGAGUCGCUCUGUCUGGCGGGCGCCCUCCCCUCCGCCCCCUCCCCUCCGCGCCCCUCCCGGGGUGCCCGGCACUGCCUCGGAUUCCUGCCUCGCCGCUGCUCCAUCAGUUUCCCCAGCGGCGGCGGCCGGGAAGGCGGCGGCGGCGGCGGCGGCGGCGCGGGCAGCAUCUCGGGCUGCAGCGGGCGUGCGGCGGGGCGGCCCCGCGCUCCUCCCGGCCACGCCUCGGGGCGCCCCGCGCGCCCCCCGCGCCCCCCGCGCCUCCUCCCUCCCUCCCGAGCGGGCGGGCGGGCGCGCGUCCCCGGCACCAUCCCGCCCGUGCCGCGGGGGCUCCCCGCGCACCCCGGCGCGCCCGCCCGGCCCAGCCUGGCCGCCAGGGGGUGCCCCCGCGGGGAGAAGGCAGAGGGGACCAUGCGGCGCCUGACGCGCCGCCUGGUGCUGCCGCUCUUCGGGGUGCUGUGGAUCACCGUGCUGCUGCUGUUCUGGGCGACCAAGAGAAAGUUCGAGGUGCCGGCGAGACACGAAGUGCAGACCCCCAAGAGUCUGGAUGCGGACUGGGAUGACCCCUGGGACAAGUUCGACGAGCGGAAGUACCUGAGUGCCAAGAAGUGGCGCGUCGGCGAUGACCCCUACAAGCUCUAUGCCUUCAACCAGCGGGAGAGCGAGCGCAUCUCCAGCAACCGGGCCGUCCCGGACACGCGCGACAAGAGGUGCUCCACGCUGACGUACUGCCGGGACCUGUCGCCCACCAGCAUCAUCAUCACCUUCCACAACGAGGCCCGCUCGGCGCUGCUCAGGACCAUCCGCAGCAUCCUGAACCGAACCCCCGCGAAGCUGAUCGAGGAGAUCAUACUCGUCGACGACUUCAGCAAGGACCCCGAUGACUGUAAGGAGCUCAUGAAACUCCCCAAGGUCAAGUGCUUACGCAACAGCCAGCGGCAAGGUCUGGUCCGGUCCCGGGUCCGGGGCACAGAUGUGGCCAAGGGCACCACGCUGACCUUCCUGGACAGCCACUGCGAGGUGAACAGGAACUGGCUGCAGCCGCUCCUGCACAGGGUCCAGGAGGACAGCAGGCGGGUGGUGUGCCCCGUCAUCGACAUCAUCAACCUGGACACGUUCAGCUACAUCGAGUCCGCCUCGGAGCUCAGGGGGGGGUUCGACUGGAGCCUCCACUUCCAGUGGGAGCAGCUGUCCCCGGAGCAGAAGGCUCGGCGCCUGAACCCCACCGAGCCCAUUAGGACCCCCGUCAUUGCUGGGGGCCUCUUCGUGGUGGACAGGAACUGGUUCGCGUUCCUGGGGAAGUAUGACGUGGACAUGGACAUCUGGGGCGGGGAGAACUUUGAGCUCUCGUUCCGCACGUGGAUGUGCGGGGGCAGCAUGGAGAUCGUGCCCUGCAGCCGGGUGGGACACGUCUUCCGCAAGAAGCACCCCUAUGACUUCCCGGACGGGAACACCAACACCUACAUCAAGAACACCAAGCGGACGGCGGAAGUGUGGAUGGACGAGUAUAAGCAGUACUACUACGCAGCCCGGCCCUUCGCCGUGGAGAAGCCGUUUGGGAACAUCGAGAGCAGAGUGGACCUGCGCCGGAACCUGCGCUGCAGCUCCUUCAAGUGGUACCUGGAGAACGUCUACCCCGAGCUCAGGGUGCCCGCCGAUGCCUCCAUCCAGAAGGGCCUCAUCCGGCAGAGGCAGAAAUGCCUGGAGGCCCAGGUGCAGGCCGGCCAGCAGCUGCCCGACCUCCGGCUGAGCCCCUGCAUCCAGACCCCAGGCCAGGACGCCAAGGCCCAGGUCUGGGCCUUCACCUACACCCACCAGAUCCUGCAGGACAGCCUCUGUCUGACCGUCGUCGGCCUCUUCCCCGGCGCCCCCGUGCUGCUGCAGCUCUGCAGGACGGGGGACGACAGGCAGCAAUGGACCAAGUCGGGCUCCCACCUGGAGAACAAGGCUUCCCAGCUGUGCCUGGACACCGACCCUCUGGCCUCGGAGCACAACCGGGAAGUGGUGGUCAACCCGUGCGAGACCUCGGUCCUGAGCCAGCACUGGGACACGGGCAGCUCCUGAGGGGCCCCGCGGGGCACCCCCAGAGGCACUGCAGACGCCGCCCCCACUGAGCCAACGACACGACGGGGCAAACCCCAGACAGGAGCACUGUCUCUGAAGCACAAAGACAAAGGUGUCGACCCUAGCGGGGUCCUGGAGUCCCGCCUGCCGUCGGCUCCUGUCCUGGCCCGCCUGUCCCCAGGUGCAUUGGGAGCCGGAAGGGACGGGCGGGCCGACGGUCUCCUCCACCCCGCGAGAGGCCAGAGGGGAAAGUGUCCCCGGCCCCUCUGCGCUAGGGCUGACCCUCCAGGCCAAAGGAGGCUUUGUGGACACCAAUAAAGGUGGCUCUUGGGUCUUC